UUUACGCGCUCACAAAACAAACCCUCUUAGGACCGUUUUCGAGUUUUCGACAAUCAAGGUACAUGGUUGAUCUAGACAUUCAGAUCCCCGCAGCUCUUGACCCGUUUGCAGACGCCGAGUCGGAAGCUCCUGGAGCGAAGGAGUAUGUGCACAUUCGAAUUCAGCAAAGGAAUGGAAAGAAAAGCUUGACGACUGUUCAAGGGCUGAAGAAGGAUUUCAGCUACGAAAAGAUCCUCAAGGACCUCAAGAAGGAAUUUUGCUGUAAUGGGAAUGUUGUGCAGGAUAAGGAGCUAGGAAAGGUUAUCCAAUUGCAAGGUGAUCAGCGUAAGAAGGUCGCCAAUUUCCUCGUUCAGGCUGGCCUUGUUAAGAAGGAUCGGAUCAAGAUUCAUGGUUUUUAAGCCUUGAAUUCUAUUCAACUGAUGAACUAUUAGUUCGAUUUCUGUUUUCGGAGUUUUUAUUGCUUUUGAUGUUUGUGGUUUGAACUUGAUUUCCUUGAGUUUGUUCUAGUUUAAUGCAUCCAUGGAUGAUAGUAGUGUGGAAUGUAAAACAGCUUUCGAAGUUGGCACUGAUAAAUAAAAUUGGAUGUUUUGUUGGUUUAAAA